AUGAACCGAACGGUUGAACUUAUGCCUGAUUUCCGACGUAUGAACAAGGCAGAAAUCACCGGAUAUAGUACCCGACACGUCCUAACCUUCAACCCCAACUCUGCCAGACCCGAAGAAGAAAUUUACGUUAAUAUUCCAAAACUAAAAGCCGACUCCGUUCUCGUACCGGGCAGCAUGGCUCUGGUCUUCGACUUUAAGAACAGUAACACAAAAUCCUGGUUCGGAAACAACUUAGGAAAACUACUCCAAAGAAGACUGGAAAUUCGCCUCGCAGGAGAAAAAGUCUACGAUAACAGUGGAGAAAGUUUGUUGGAGGUCUACAAGGACCUAUGGUUACACAGGAAACAGCGUGACGACAUGGUGGAGGAUGGCAUCGGUAGCGAAGCCACGAGGGAAAAAAUAUCCAAAGACGAUGCUGCAAACGACGAUGUGGAUGCCGCCGCAUUGUUCGAAGUAUUUGGAACGAAACAAAGAAUCCGAAUCGGUUAA